AUGGACACUGAGUGCGUAAAAGGUCGUAGCAACCGAAAGACGAAUCUCAUCACCAAGACAUGGCAACGCUGUCGAUCCUUCCCUGGAAAAGAGAGGAGCGAGCCUAAGCUUAAAGUAGCUCCGCAAGGAUGUUUUUCAGUCUACGUGGGAGCAGAGAAGCAAAGAUUUGUGAUCAAGACCGUGUGCGCGAAUCAUCCACUAUUUAAAAUGUUGCUUGAAGAUGCCGAAAUGGAAUACGGUUUCAUCAGCGACGGUCCUAUUUUGCUUCCAUGCGAUGUUGAUCUCUUUUACAAAGUGCUGGCAGAGAUGGAUGAUGCAGAAAGUGCUAAUGGAAGUCAUUUGUCGAGAUCGAAAUCGUGCGGGUUUGCGUACGGCUCAUUCGGUUCGUUUAGUCCGAAUCGUGGUAAAAGAGAAGGUGUGAGUAAAGGUUUUGGUUCAUAUGGGUUGCUCACUCCAUCCAGGCUGAUCAGAAUGAAUUAG